AUGGACGCAUUCUUUCAGGCACAAGCCAAGUUCCAGGCCGCCCGCGGCCUCACCAAGACCCUGCAGCAGCGCGGCCUCGCACACUCACACAUUGCCGUUGGCGGACGCGCGGCCAUCACCUCGCGACUAGCCAAGACAAUCGACGCCGACGGCAAGCAGACGGGUGAGGUUACGGCCGAAGACCAGCAGAACGACUCUGAGUACCUGUGCGAGGUGUCGAUUGGCACACCGCCACAAAAGGUCCUUCUCGAUUUCGACACUGGCUCAUCUGAUCUAUGGAUCUUUUCCACUGAGCUGGACAAGGCCACUCAAAAGGGCCAUACCGUCUUUGACCCGUCCAAGUCGUCCACCUUUAAGAAGCUGGCCGGCCAGACGUGGCAGAUUUCCUACGGCGACGGCAGCUCCGCCUCUGGCGACUGCGGCAGCGAUAACGUUACUAUUGGCGGCCUCACGAUUGAGAACCAAACCGUCGAACUCGCUUCGAAACUCGCCGAUCAAUUCGCUCAGGGCUCCGGCGAUGGGCUAUUGGGACUCGCCUUUCCCGCCAUCAACACCGUCAAGAAGAACGGGCAGCCUGCGCCCGCGCAGACCCCCGUCGCCAACAUGAUGACGCAGGGCGACAUUCCCAAGGAGUCGCAGCUCUUCACCUCGGCAUUCUACAGCGAGCGCGACGCAGACGGGCCCGAGUCCUUUUACACCUUUGGCUACAUUGACAAUGACCUGGUCAUGGCCUCCGAAAAGGAGAUUGCAUGGACAGAAAUUGAUUCGUCUCAGGGCUUCUGGAUGUUUCCCUCCACGAGCGCCUCUAUCGCCGGCAAGCAGCUCAAGCUCGACGGCAACACGGCCAUAGCCGACACGGGCACCACCCUGGCGCUCGUGUCGGACGAGGUCUGCGACGCGCUCUACAAGGCCAUCCCUGGCGCAAAGUACGACUCCCAGCAGCAGGGCUACGUGUUUCCGCUCACGACCAAGCCCGAAGACUUGCCCGAGUUUCAGGUCGCCGUCGGCGACAACCUGUUUGUCAUUCAGCCCGAGGACCUGGCGUUUGCGCCGGCCGACGACAAGAACUGGUACGGCGGCGUGCAGUCCCGCGGCAACAACCCCUUUGACAUUCUGGGCGAUGCGUUUCUCAAGUCUGUCUACGCCAUUUGGGACCAGGGCAAUCAGCGCUUCGGUGCCGUCCCCAAGAUUGAGAAGACGCAGAACUUGACUCCUCCCAAGUCUCAGUAG